GUUCACUCUUUUUGUUUUGUUUCUUCAAUUUACUAGAUGUAGACGGUAUCUAGAGGCUAGACACUAUUAGCGAUGCGGCCCCCCGACGACACUUCUGCGACGCCUGAAAAGGUUAAUAAUCAAGAAGAGGUCAUGCAAUCUCGCCAGGAAGACUCACAAGGCGAAAAGAUUGUUCAAGGUGCUCAAGAUUUGGAGAAGAGCGAGCCUGCUGUCGAGGUAGCGACUGGUGAUGUUGAGCAGGAGUAUCCUUCGUUCUGGAAGUUGGUUCUCUUGACAAUUGCUCUCUGCAUGGCCCUGCUUGUUGUGUCAUUGGACAGCACCAUUCUUGCAACCGCCAUUCCCCGCAUCACUAACGACUUCAACUCAUUAAAUGAUGUUGCGUGGUAUGGGAGCUCGUAUCUCUUCGCCGUAUGCGCUUUCCAGUUGAUGUUCGGCAAGUUCUACAUCAUGUAUCCUGUGAAAUGGGUAUUUUUGGUCGGAAUCGUCCUGUUCGAGAUUGGUUCCCUCAUCGCUGGCGUCUCCCCUUCCUCGACCGUGCUCAUCGUAGGAAGAGCCGUUUCUGGAGUGGGCGGGGCAGGAAUCUUCGCUGGUGCUAUUAUUAUUUUAGCAACUUCGGUCCCUCUGAGACAGCGACCUAUCUAUACUGGUCUAUUGUCAAGCAUGCAUGGUAUUGCGAGUGUCGCAGGCCCCCUUCUGGGCGGCGCCUUUACGGACCAUUUAACAUGGCGUUGGUGUUUUUAUAUCAAUCUUCCGCUCGGUGGCGUCGCCGUCGCGUGCUUGAUUUUCUUCUUGCCCACUAAGCCGGCGACACAACCUGGACUGCCAUGGAAAGAGCAAAUCAAACAAUUCGACCUUCCUGGUACCUUCUUUCUGAUUCCAUCGAUUAUUUCCUUGCUCUUGGCUUUGCAAUGGGGAGGUGCUCAAUAUGCUUGGGAUAACGGGCGGAUUAUUGCCCUAUUCGUUGUUUUCGGCAUAUUGGGCAUUGUAUUUUGGGGCGUUGAAAUUUAUCAGAAAGAUCGAGCGACCGUCCCGUUGCGCAUUUUAAAGAACAAGAACAUCUUGGGUGGCGUGUGGUAUGGUGUAUGUAUAAGCGGCGCCGUGUUCGUUUUCUCAUAUUACUUGCCAAUUUGGUUCCAGGCGAUCAAGGGAGUUGAUGCUACUACAUCCGGCCUCAUGAACUUACCUAGUAUCCUCGGUCUGGUUAUCUUCGCUAUAAUUGGGGGUGGGUUAGCUACUGCGUUAGCGAUGUUCACCCCGCUACUUAUCGUUUCUUCCGCUAUCACAGCCGUUGGUGCGGGCCUCCUUAGCACUCUAAAAGUCGACUCUACCAUUGGGUAUUGGUUCGGCUACCAGGUAGUGCUUGCAGCCGGUGCUGGGAUAGGCGCCCAGAAUGUUAUGCUUGUAGCACAGGUCGCCGUUCCUUUGGAGGAUAUGGCUAUGGCCACUUCCAUCAUGACUUUUACCCAAACACUUGCUUCCUCCAUCUUCCUGGCCGUAGCUCAAACUAUUUUUCAGAAUCAAUUGAUCAAAAAUCUUACCGCUAAUGCUCCCGAUCUUAACUCCAGCACCAUUGUCAACGGUGGUGUUACCGCCAUCCGAGAUCUCGUCCCACCUGACCAGCUUCCGGCUGUUCUACAAGCUUACAACGACGCCGUAACCCAGACCUUUUAUGUUGCCGUUGCCGUCAGCGCGUUAUCUAUCUUCGGCCCUCUUUUUAUGGACUGGAUGUCCCUGAAACAGCCAGAGAAGAAAUCUGCCGAGGGGGGCCAAGAUGGGUCUUCUACCGACGAGAAGUCCGUAGAGCCACAUAUUAAGGAAAGCGAAAACGAGAUCAAGGACGGUUCAUAGGACUAUUAAUGCGAAAACCUG